CACUUUCUGCGAGAUGGCAGAACCCGCCUGGCGGCUCGGGGCAGUCUCUGCCUCCUUUCUGCUCCUGGCUGGGAGAAUCGAAAACCCGUCAAGCGGGUUUGGCCAAAAUCCUGUCUUGUUGCCUGUGCAGGUUCACACCCCGCUCACUUCUCUCUCCCCGUGGAGAGCGUGGGGGGCUCCGCUCAGAGGUCGAGGGAGGUCGAGGCAGGGCCAGGAGCCAUGAUGGACACAGAGGGGCUGUAGAGGCUGCAGGCAUCUCCACAACCCCCGCGCAGAGGGGCCCGGGCCAGGGCCACAGGGAGCCAUGGAGAGCUUCAUGGAGUCACUGAACAGGCUGAAGGAGAUCCACGAGAAGGAAGUCCUGGGCCUGCAGAACAAGCUUCUGGAACUGAACUCAGAGAGGUGCCGGGACGCCCAGAGGAUCGAGGAGCUCUUUGCCAAGAACCACCAGCUCCGGGAACAGCAGAAGACACUGAAGGAGAACCUUCGGGUGCUGGAAAACAGGCUGCGGGCCGGCCUGUGCGACCGCUGCUUGGUCACCCAGGAGCUGGCCAGGAAGCGGCAGCAGGAGUUUCAGAGCUCCCACCUGCAGAACCUACAGCACAUCUUCAUCCUCACCAACGAGAUGAACGGGCUGAAGGAAGAGAACGAGACCUUGAAGGAGGAGGUGAAGCGGCUUCGGGGCCUGGGAGAUAGGCCCAAGCCCCUGGCCAAGGAGGGCACCUCAGACCCCCCCUCACCCCUGCUGCUCCCCUCCCCUGGUGGCUGGAAGGCCGUCACAGAGAAGCCACCAGGAGGCCAUGAGGAGGCUGAGGAAGAUCACCAGGGCGCGGGCCUACAGGGAGAAGAAAAGCCAGCAGGGCACAGGGCAUCUCCAGUGGCCAAAAUCUCACCAGGGGCCACCCUGCCUGAGUCGUGGGCCCCAGACAUGAGCCCCCAGCGCAUCUCCAACCAGCUGCACGGGACCAUCGCCGUGGUACGGCCUGGGUCCCAGGCUUGCCCUGCUGACCGUGGCCCCACCAAUGGGACGCCCCCACCACUGCCUGCCAGGAGCAGCCCACCCAGCCCAGCGUAUGAGCGCGGCCUCUCUCUGGACAGCUUCCUGCGGGCCUCCCGGCCCUCUGCCAUGACCCAUGAGACCCUGAAGCACUCCCCGAAGAUGGAUCGGCUCUGCCUCCUAAACCGCCCCCUCUCCCUGCACCUUCGGAGCCCCCGCAGCAGCCCCCUGGCCCCUGCUGCAGCCCCCCGUGACCCCCGGCUCCAGGACCUGAAGGCCGGAGAAGCAGAGGCCUGGGAGGAGCCUAUAGAACUGCUGGGGCUGCCCAAUGCCCUGGCGGGCAUGCAGGACCUUCGCCUGGAGGGGGCACUACACCUGCUCCUGGCCCAGCAGCAGCUGCGGGCUCGGGCCAGGGUAGGCAGUGUCAGGCCAAGGGGCCAGCCCACACCCAGGGAGAUGCCGCCCUCCCCACCAGUCGGCUCAGACUCUGAGGGCCCUGAGAGUGAGGGGGCCAGGGCAGCUCUGGCCACAGCAGCAGGCCUGCCUGGAGGGCGGCACACACAGCCUGUAGGCCCAGGCCACGCCCAGAGGACGGAGGCUGCAGCAGCGAAGGACUGUGCCCCAGACAAGCCCCUGGACCUCUCGGAGUGGGGCCGGGGCCGGGGCCAGGACACUCCCAAGCCGGCCAGCCAGCAUGGGUCACUCAGCCCUGCCACUGCCCACACUCCCAGCCCCGAGCCACCCACCCAGUCUGGACCCCUGACUCGCAGUCCCCAGGCACUCAGCAAUGGCACCAAGGGGACCAGAGCACCAGAGCAGGAGGAGGCUCGCACUCCCGUGGACCCCUCACGCCCACUUCCAGGGUCCCAGCUCAGCCUGUCCUCUCCAGGCAGGACAGGAGAUGAAGACACAGGGAGGCCUCUGCCACCUCCCCACCCACAGCUGCCUCCCCACCCACAGCCGCCUGACCUGGACGGCCACUCAGAGCCCAGCAAGGCUGAAGUGCUGAGACCAGAGUCCGACGAACUGGAUGAGACAGACACCCCAGGCAGCGAGGUGCUCCUCCUCCUGACCACACCCCCUUCUCCCCAGGCGGACCAGAGCACGACUGGGGAGGGGCCCGGGUGUAUCUGCGCCCAGGAGCACGGGCAGGGUCUGCCACGGAAGAGGAAGCAGGCCUCGGAGCCCGGAGACAAAGCCUCCAAAAAGCCAUCCAGAGGGAGAAAGAAGCUGACAGCCACUGAGGGCCCCAGGAGCCCAAGGGACACCAAGGACGACAGUCCCUCCCCCAACAGCAGCCCCUGGGAGGAGACCUAG